CCUCCCACCACCACCACCACCACCACCACCACCACCGCCCCCUCGCUCAAAAUCAUCAUGGUCGCCACCGUCCAGCAGCCCGCGCCCGCCUUCACAGCGCAGACCGUCGUCGGCGGCCUCUUCAAGGAGGUCUCACUCGCCGACUACCUCGGCCAGUGGGUCUUCCUGCUGUUCUACCCCAUGGACUUUACGUUCGUCUGCCCGACCGAGAUCCUCGCCUUCAACGACGCGCUCCCACAAUUCGCAGCCCUCAACACCGCCGUCCUCGGCGUCUCCACCGACUCGGAGUACUCCCACUUCGCUUGGGCAACGCAGGACCGCAAGGCAGGCGGGCUCGGCCCCAACCUCAACCUCCCGCUCGUCGCCGACCGCAGCAUGCGCAUCGCGCGCGACUACGGCGUCCUCAUCGAGGACAAGGGCGUCGCCCUCCGCGGGCUCUUCCUCGUCGAUCCCAAGGGCGUGCUGAGACAAGCGACGAUCAACGACCUCCCCGUCGGGCGCUCCGUCGACGAAGCCCUCCGCCUCGUCAAAGCCUUCCAAUUCAACGAACAAUACGGCGAGGUCUGUCCCGCCAACUGGACCGAAGGCGCGCGCACCAUCAAGGCAGACCCGACCGCCAAGCUCGAGUACUUCGAGGCCGCCGCCGCCGCCCCCGCGGCUCCGGCUACGAAGCGCGCGCGGGUGGAGUGAGCGUGUGCGGCGCGUCUUUAGGUCGCGAGUUGAGCGUGAAUGGACGGAGGGAUCGGUCUUUUGACGCUCGCGUUUAUGUGCAUACUAUGUCGUCGAGAGUAGCUAUACCGCGCUCGUUCUCCAUACACACACACACACACAUGCUCGCAUGCACGCCUUGUUCCCAAAGUCGAGGGGGCAGCACAGAGCGCGCGAUGAUGAUGACGAUGAUGAAUAAAUAAAUGGCAGCACGGCGCCACGCGCUACAAGCAUACUUCUGAUCCGAUACUUUCGAUCCCAAGGCGCGUGCGCCCGCGCAAGAAACGGCUCCGCCAUACACACAGACCGACCGCCCGCUCCCAGCUCGCCGCUCACCGCUCUAUCCCAUGCUCGACCGGGAUCCCCAGCGCCUCGAGCGCCGCGCGCCCGCGCGCCGCCCAAUACCCCACCGCCGGCGCGUGCUCGAACCACACCGGCACCGGCGCCGGCACCGUGUCCUCGCCCGCGCCCGCGCCCGCGCUCUUUACACCCCCCUCCUCCUUC